AGUCCUAACGGUUGCCGCGCGGCGCUGGCCUCCGCGCAAGCGCGACCUGACACACUCACACGCACGCACGCACGCACGCGCCCGAGGCGGUGGUUAGAGGCUCUCCACGCAGUGGACUAGGGAUCGGGCGGGUAAGGCGAUGGGCGAGGCUGAAACACCUUCCUUCGAAAUGACCUGGAGCAGCACAACCAGCAGUGGCUACUGCAGCCAGGAGGACUCGGACUCGGAGCUCGAGCAGUACUUCACGGCGCGUACCUCGCUGGUCCGCAGGCCGCGUCGGGACCAGGUGGGGAGCCCGGGGGGUGCCGCCGGCGGGUGAGGGGCGGUCGCUGGAACCCCGCCCCUCCCCGGUAAGUUGCGGCCUGGAAAGUUAGGUGAUGGGCAGCCUCCCCGCCUCUCCAUAGCGAGCCACUCGGAGGGUCCUGACAAAAGCGAGGAAGCGUACGUAGGGUUCUCUGUCCCGAGUAGAAGCCCAGUUCCAGCGCGAUGGUACUGAGGACCCAGGCUACCCUGCCCUUGCAGUCACAGACCGGUUGAGCCAGGGGGAAGCAACUCUGAAGCUUGAAGGGUGGACCACAGGCGGGCGUUUUUCACCCAUGACUAAAGCCAGACUCGCAAUCCAAACCGGCGUCUUGAUUUCGCAUUUGGGCGCUCCCACUCCCUCCCUGGGGGAAAUGAGGAAGUGGAGGAGGAGUCCACCGGGAAGUGAGAAGUUAGUUUGGGAGGGGACUCUGGCCGUGCCGUGAUGCGGUCUUGGAUCAGCCAGCAAAGUGCCCAGCCGUUGCUCGACCAACUCUUUGACACCAGCUGCUGGACUCGAUCUUUCUUUCCUCCAUGGUGGAACUGUGCAGAGGGAUUUGGGGAAUUCAGGAAGAGGGCCUUAAAAGACUAUUAAAAAAAAAAAAGUGUGGUACCAGGGCAGCUGAACCUCUUUAAAAAGUCUAGAUGUGCCCAAAUUAUCCGACUUUCUGGGAAUAUCAUAGUUGUGGCCACCAAGCUCGGAUAACUUGUUCUGGAGCGGGAAUCCCUCGGAACAGCACAGAGGCCAGCGAAUCAGGAAAGUGAGGACGGAGACUGAGGUUAGAAAACUUAGUAGCACUGAACUAGAACUCCUUAUUUGAGCCAAGAAAGUGGAAUUGUCUGUGAUGCUGUAGGUGAGAUUUGAUAUAAAUUUCCUACAGGUGGACUGCUACUUGACACCUCCAAAACCUUAGUCCAGACUUUAGACUCAAUGUGGGGUGGGAGUGGGGGCGGGAGGGUGUCUCUGGGAUUGUCUCCAUACCACUCAACCUGAGUCAUCUUCUAUUAUGGAGAGGUGGGGGAAAAUAUAAGAUACUGGCCAGUUGAAAGGCAUACAAAGAGAAGAAUUGUUUAAAAGCAGCUGAAGUUUAUAGCUGACUUAGCUGUAGAGUGCUUAGCAUUAUAUGUGUGAUGGAUGGCCUGACUUCCAACCAUUAAGGAACCAAAAAAUAAGAAAGAAGAAAAGGAAGCUAAGAAGUCCCAAAGAGCAGAGUAAAAGCCUGAGGGCUGGGGCUGGGCUGCAGGUUCAAUCCCCAACCCAGACCCUCCUAGAAUUCUCCUGGGACCAGGCACUGCCUAGCGGUGAUCCCAGCUGUGUUUGUUCCAAUUGCAUUCCAAUUUAGGGCCUUUCUGAAACCAACAGGAAGUAAGACUCACACUGGGAGUUGAGGACUGACUGCUCUUCCAGAGGUCCUGAGUUCAAUUCCCAGGAACCACAUGGUGGCUCACAACCAUCUGUAAUAGGAUCUGAUGCCCUCUUCUGAUGCAUCAGAAAACAGCUACAGUGUAUUCACACAUAUAUAAAAUAAGUAAAUAAAUCUUAAAAAACAAAACCAAACCAGGAAGUAAGACUCAGGCAGUUAGGUCAAGUGAGUCCUGGCUGCCCUGAGCAGCAGGGUGACUCCACCCUCCCGCAGUUCCUGAAGAACCUUGUCUCUGGGCUAAGUCUUCAGACAGCGAGGGGGAAGAACAGCAGCCUCCCUGCUUGCUGCUGGUAGGACAGGCUCUGCUGGGAAAUUGCCUGUACACCUCUGGCAGAUGAGAACCUGGAUUGAAGCUGCCUUCUAUGUAGCUUGAGUCGGGGGGUAAAUGGAUGAGGCUGUAGAGCGGGAGACACCCGAUCUUUCUCAAGCUGAGACUGAGCAGAAAAUCAAGGACUACAAUGGCCAGAUCAACAGCAACCUCUUCAUGAGCCUGAAUAAGGAUGGCUCCUACACAGGCUUCAUCAAGGUUCAGCUGAAACUAGUGCGUCCUGUUUCAGUGCCUUCCAGCAAGAAACCACCUUCCUUACAGGACGCCCGGAGAGGUACGGGGCGGAGCACAGCCGUGAAGCGCCGCACCUCUUUUUACUUGCCUAAGGAUGCUAUUAAGCAUCUGCAUGUUCUAUCACGAACACGGGCACGUGAGGUCAUUGAGGCCCUGCUUCGAAAAUUCAUGGUCGUAGAUGAUCCUCGCAAGUUUGCACUCUUUGAGCGAACUGAACGGCAUGGCCAAGUAUACCUCCGGAAGCUGUCGGAUGACGAGCAGCCCUUGAAGCUGCGGCUUCUUGCAGGGCCCAGUGAAAAAGCCCUGAGCUUUGUCCUGAAGGAAAAUGACUCGGGAGAGGUGAACUGGGAUGCCUUCAGCAUGCCUGAACUGCACAAUUUCCUACGAAUCCUGCAGCGGGAAGAAGAGGAACACCUUCGCCAGAUCCUGCAGAAGUAUUCUCGUUGUCGCCAGAAGAUCCAGGAGGCUCUGCACGCCUGUCCUUUGGGGUGACCUUGGGUCUCCAUGGAUGACAGGAGGAGAACAGGCAGUGCAAAGAGCGUGCCGUGUGAGUGUGACAGGGCCUGUGGGGCCUGAGGAGUGCGUGUGCAUGGAGGUCCUCCUCUGCUGACCGGGAUGAGCCCAGAGAACAGGGAAAGAGCCAGCCGUCUACCUGUGGAUAUAGUGGGGCGGGGCUUUGCAUCCCUCUGCCCGUAUGUACUGGGUCAUACUCUGCGUAGCUGCUCAAGUCACAGGGUCGCAGCUGUGAGAAUCUUAGAGACUCUACAGACAAAACAAGGUUAUAUUUUCACGGGUAAGAGACCUUACCUAUGGAGAAAGAUUGUUUUGAGUCAUGAAUGGGUCUCAGGAUAGCCCUAUCAGAGCCAAGGGUAGCUGCUCAGAAUAAUACAAGCAAUUAAGGUAGAGUCUGGGGUUCCCUCUUACCGUGCCUUCUGACUUCCAAACAAACACCCUGGGGUCAGAGAGGGCUGGCCAGUACAACAACUACAGUGGCUCAGUCAGUGCCUCCUCUAAGGGAAAGGUUGCUGGACCAGACCCUCUUCUUGUUUGCCAAAGCCAGAGUCUCCCUCAGAUAUUUUUGAUGGAAGUGUAUGAAUGUAUGUAAUGUUUUGUGGCCUCAACUGAAUGUGGGGAAGGGAUGGGGGUGUGACAGUCAUCAUCAGGGCCUGAUGCCUGAGAGAAUUGGCUGAAUAAAGAUGUAAGAAUUU